CCUAUGCUUAUUGUCCUAACUCCAACCAUCUACUCCGUAUUUUUUCCUGAUUCUCGGCCGCCUCCUCACCGUAAACGCUUCGAUUCACUGUCAGCGAUAAUGAUUGGCGACGACGACUCCAACCGGAGGGCUUGAACUCCGGCGGAGACCCAUUCGGCGACGACGGCGACUCCUCUCGUGAUUUCCGAAUUAAAUCUCAACAUCUGAGGGCCUUAACUCUGGCGGAUUCACUGUUUCUUCUUCUCUCUCGGCGAUGCAGCAGUGUGUAGUGCGUGUAAAUUUGCGUUGAGCUGGUUAGCUAAAUCUGUGUUCCUUCUCUCUGUGCGACUUCUAUUUCUCUAUGAAUUUUGUUGGUGACUUUGUUGGUGUGGCAUUACGUUUAUCAUUCGUAAUUGUUCCGAAUGAUGAGAUUCCCACCAUCAAUGUAACUACACAUCACGAGGAAACUCAGAACUCUAACCUGAAUGAUCAUUCCGGAGGCCAGCAACAUAACCAGGGCAACAGUGGCGAGCAUCACCGGAACCUACACAAUGAGGAAGGCGACAUGAAUGCGCAUAUGAGGAGGCCACGAGCUCAGCCUGGUAGAAGUGCCAAAGUUAGAGCUCAAGCUUCUUUGAAGGAUUUGGCAAAGAACAGUAAGGGGUCAAAAACCAGCCGUAGAUCAAGAAUAAGGACGACUUUGGUUAGGAAGAAUAACGUAACACCUAGCAGGCAACCAGCCAACGAUGUCGGUCCUUCUGAAUUCACUCCUUUUAGUGGACGGUCGCAUACAUUGAGAGAGACUGCCAAUAGGGAUUCCCAAAACAACGAAGGUUUUGAUAUGCAUUCUGGAAGUCAUAACACGGGAAGCAACCCCAAUAUCGAAAAGUCCACAGGUUCUGAGCCAUCUUCAACCAAUCUGUUACUAUUAGAGUUGGAGUUCUUGAGUUUCUAUGUUGUUUAUAUACGGAGGUUAGGACUUCCUGGGCCUGGCGAUGCUAUUUCAAUGGGUGGACUGAUAUCUGCAUUUCGAGAUUUUCUUCAUGAGCAUAUGCCGCAUCUCUCUGGAGUUUUGGAUUUGGUCGGCCCGGAGGCACUUCAGGGUGCGUUGGUGGCAAAUUUGAGAAGCAUUUUGUUGAAUUAUAAGAUGGAUGUUAAUGUAGCUGAGGGUAAUCUGCAUUUCACUGCAGAUAAAUGAGGCGUGAAGAUAAUGCAACUUCAAUUUGCCUUGAAUCUACUCCAUCAACGUAUGCCCCUGGAUGAGUUAGUUGGUCAUUUGAAUUUCAGGAGGGGCUAGCUCUAUAGCAAUAACAUUAGUGGGAGAGAUUCCAUCUGCUCUUGAAAUCUGCAUCACAUGUAUAUAUCACUACGUAGAAAAUAGAAGCUGUUUUGUGCCUCUUCUGUAAACACUAAACACUACCUCUUGAAGGGGUGUGUAAGAGCUAUUGUUAAGGACUUGUCUUUUCUCUUGGGCCCUACACGCACUAAGUGCGUCUUAAGCUAGUACUCACGUAUAUGAUUAAAAAUUUGUUAAGAUGUAAGAUAUUACUUCAUACUUCCUAUUAUGAUAUUCCUUCCCUCUAAAAUUAUUUGUCCCUGUUUGACUUUUGUAUUAACUUUGACCUCAAAUUCUGAGUAAAAUAUAAAUUUAUUAUAAUCUAAAUUUAAUGUAUUAUUUUUUUUUACUUUUAAUUAUUUAUAAUAAUAUUUAAUUUAUGGU